AUGCAUAAUAAUACUGCGGACGAAGUUUUAAACGUACUUUUCCUAAUACCUGCAUCUCAUAUUUCAGUUUCUAUCCCACAUGAUUUCGAUCCAGAGAAACAUGUAGGGAAGAACACAAUAAGACCGCCUUAUGAAGCAUUCAACCAAGCAAGGCCUUUUCAUUAUAGUCUUUGGAAUCAACACCCAAGUAACGAAGGAUCUUAUAGUCAUUUACAAAGGCAAAAUCCAGAAUAUCCAAACAUAAAUCAUGACGGCCACUAUUUUAACGGCUUCCAAGAAUAUGUACCAAAUGACGCUCAACAAACACAACAAGGGCAAAUCCCAAAGGGAUAUUUAACCCAACAGAGCCAACAAGGAUUUUCAGGACCUAUUGACCAUAAUUUACCAAUUCCAGUUGAAAGAUCAAAUUUUAAUAUCCAGUCAAGACCAAAUCAGAAAACCACAGAAAAUUCUUUGCCUAAACAACAAUCAAAUUUACCUAUUGAAUAUGGUUAUCCCACUUCGAACUUCCAAAACAGUUUUUUGACUGGUACAAAGAAAUGGUCGAUAUUACCUCAAACGUUACAACAAGAUGUAAGCGAUCCUUUUAACAAGAUACCUAUCAAGCCAUACAAAUUAAACUCUCCAGUAGUACCAAACAGGCGAAUUCAUAAAAUUCCAGAAAAUGUGUUUAUCGACCCGAAUGAACAAUACAUAUAUCCUAAAAAUAUUGAGCAAUCAUAUAAUAUCAGACAAAGUCCUAUCGUGUCUUCUUUGUUAAAAAAUAAUCGACAUGUAAAUAAACCAGAAGUGGUAACAACUACUACAAAUACGGUUGCCGGAUCAUUUGUACCACCAAUUCCUUCAAGGCCUGAUGGAGACACUAUUACAUCAAAAUUAACAGAUUAUAAAAUAAUACCACCGGUGGAAAUCAAAGAAUUCAAAAUACCGCCAGUAGCUUCAGUUAAGUUCGAGGAUCGAGAUUUUGCAAGUGCAAGUAAUCCAGUAGAAACAAGACUGAUUAAACCACCAAAUUACAAAGUACAACAACUGAUCGCCGAUUCGAAUAUAAGAAAUGUAUUAUCUACAACAAAACACGAGAAACGUUAUUUAGUUAUCUAUCCAAAUGGUACAGUUGGACACAUAGACAGAUUAGAAACGAUUGCUCAGAGUAAUCCAAAUUAUGUUUUAAUCAAUUCUGGAGACAUAAUUAAAACUCCUAUUCCAAAAGAACAAAAAGUACAGGAAAGUAAAGUGCGCACAAAACCUAUCCGUGAAAUUGUUUUUAAUAAACUUCAAAGUGUUUCUAUGGGCACCCCAAUGGUAAAUAUUACAUCGCCAAGCAAGAAAUUACUUUCUCUUAUAUCUGUCAGUGCUGUUCCUAUUACUAAUAGCGCUCAACCAGAAAUUCUAGAACAUAUUUCACUAAAAAAACAACCAACGAAUAUGUUAUUACCCAUAUCGACUAGAAAUAUAACAAAUUUAGUGCUUAAUUCAACAAGUCUUCCUCAGAAUGAGUUAGUACCACCAAUCAAUUUAAAAACUAUGAAUGUUACACUAGAAUCCCCUCAAACUAAAACUUUCUUAGUGACGAAUUCUACUAUGAUAGAAGAAGAACCAAAAGAAAAAGUAAAACCAACACUAUUGCAAAAUCUAAAGCCUGUUAAAAAUAUAACAAAAGAUGCUUCUAUAGAUUCUUUAGCACCUUAUCAUGAACCAACUGAAGUUUACGGGAAAAACAAAACUAGGGAUGAAAUUACUAGUUCUAGUAUAUCUUCAAAAGAUAAUAAUUUACCUGUUGACAAAGUCGUAGCGGUAUCUACAGAUAAUGAAAAUGCCAUAGUAUCUACACCUUCACGCAUUUUAGAAAUACCUAUUCUACGAGAUGCCAAUCACAACAAUGAACAACCGAAUAAUGCCAGUGACUUUUCGAACGUAACAUCGAAUUUGAUGAUUUCCGCUCAAGUAAAGACAAAACCAUUAGUAGAAAAUACAAAACCAACAUUGUCGCCUAAACCAAAGCCAAUUAUCAUUUACGGUUCAAAUGUAACAAGAGAUACUUCUACAGAAUCUUCAGCAUCUGAUCAAGAAUCAAUUGAAGCUUAUGGGAAAAAUGUAACAGAAAAAGAUAUUGAAAAUCCCAUAGAGAACCAUGCUAAUAUUAAUAAGAAAGAAGUCAUAGCUAAUAAAUCUUCCGAAGUCCCUAGCUUACCGGUUCACAAAGAUGUAACGAUAUCUGUAGAUAGUGAAAGUAGUAUAAAAUCUGAAUCUUCACCCAUUUUACCUGUUCUACAAAACGCCAAUGAUAAUAAGGAACUGCCCACUAAAACCAGCAUUUCCAAGCAAAUAUCAGAAGAGCUUGAAAUACUAGAUAAAAUUCCUGUACUCUCUGAGGGAAACUUAACCCUUCCACGGACAGUAGAACCUCUCAUAGAUGUCAAUCAGAAGAUUGUAUCGCCAGCUAAAGAAAUCAAUUCUAAGCAGACAUCAGAGAACCCCAAAAUAACAGAAGACAGUAUUGCAUCACCUUCUAUAGUUAUCCCAAAUAUAACGUCAGCUGACUAUGGAAAUUCAACACGGAUCAUAGAACCUCCUUUAACUGUCAAUCAGACGAUUACGCCGUCAAUUGAGAAAAUCAAUAGUAGGCAGACAGUAAACUCCAAAGCACCAGAAGACUCCAUUUUUGAUUCUGAAGUCUUGUCAAACCCAACAGCUGAAGCAUCUUUAAUUAAUCAUGUACUUGAAUCUCCUUUAGAUGCUAAACAAAAGAUUGAACCUUUGAUUGAAGAGAAUUCUAAGCAGACAUUAAAAAUACCCGAAAUAUCUGAACCACCAAAAAUAGCAAACCAAUCUAUUAUAGUUGAUUCUUCGAAAAAUACUACAGAUAUGCCUUCAAAGCCCGAAACAAAAGAAAGCUUUAAAAUACCUGAAGGAGAUCUUGAUAUUUCUCAAAUUAAAUCAAAUGAGAAGCCAGACAUUUGGAUUAGGACAGCUGACGGUAACAUUUUGGAUAAGCUUACAGAUCACAGUAAAGAUUAUGACGUUGUGUAUUUCUUCCAAAUACAUAGUCAACCGAAAAUUGAGAAUGACACAACAAGAACUAUAUAUCCAAAUGGGACUAUUGUAGAAGAAACGACAAAAUCUGUUUGGGAGAACGAGGAAGGUCCUCCCAUAGUCACGAAAUCAACGAGAGUCAUCAAUCCUGAAGAUAAUUUAAAUAAGAAAACGUAG